AUGUUUCAGAAAUCGUCUUUAAUUAAAGCUCUGAGCUGGAAGACAAACAACUUUUUUAAAGCACCAGAUGGAGAGAAACCAUUUCAAAAAAUAUAUACUUCUUUCAAAGUAACAAGUGGAGUUGGUAUUUUACUUGGACUUACAAGGAGUUGCCUCACAGAUGCUAAUAUGUACAAUCAUAUCACUGUAGGAAGGGUCAUCCAUACUACGUUUCCAAUUGUGGGUUUUGGUUUUCUCUUUGCUAGUGGUACAUUUAUUGCAGGAAAUCUCAGAAAAAAAGAUGAUGAUUGGAAUCAUAUCAUAGGUGCACUUACGACUGCUCCAUUGGUUCGAAAAUUUUUUUCGUUUCAUACUACAGUGGUCAUAGUAACAUACAUGUGUAUCCUGGCAGCUGUUUGCAAAUCUUCAAUAAUGCACCUUAAAACGGAAGGGUUCGAUAUAAAUAAGGAAUUGAAAAUUACUUACUCAGCAAAUACUUUCGAUUGGUACUAUUGGUCAAAAACUAAACCACCAAAUACUACUUAUCUUGAUAGAAAGUUAUUUUGGUAAUAUAAAUCAUAUAUGGCAUAGAAAUUAUGAUUAAAA